UGCAAAUUAAAUUUUAAACAUUCAAAAUAAACACCUUUAAAAUAAACUUGACGACUAUCUUUUUCUUUUCUUCUUCUUCUUUACUUUAUUUAUUUUCGGAUCAAAUGAUUUCUAGAAUCCUUCGAUCUCGUUCUAUUGUCCAUGCACUAAAGCACUCUGGAAAUAAGGGGCUCAGCGUACGUUGUCUCUCUACUUUUGAUAAGCAUCGUUCCGUAUUUGAUGCUCUUGGCCUUGAUAAAACUAAUAACAAAGGUGUAUUUGAUGGCGAAUGGAAAGGAUCUGGUAACAUUGUACCUUCUUACAAUCCUGUCAAUAACGAAAUCAUUGCCGAAGUUAUCACUGGUACUCCUGAUGAUUUAAAUACUGCCUUCGAGAAAGUAGCAGAGGCUCAAAAGAUUUGGAGAGAGAUGCCUAUUCCCAAACGUGGUCAUGUUAUGUUGACUAUGAGAAACGCGCUAGUAGAAAACUUGCAACCUUUAGGAGAACUGGUUGCUCUUGAAAUGGGAAAGAUUUUGCCCGAAGGUAUCGGAGAGGUUCAAGAAUACAUUGAUGUCUUGGAGUAUGCACUAGGAUUAUCUCGCUCAAUGCAAGGUGCUAUUAUCCCAUCCGAAAGACCUGGACAUGCCAUGUUGGAAACAUGGAACCCACUGGGUACUGUUGGUAUCAUCAGUGCGUUCAACUUCCCAGUUGCUGUUUAUGGAUGGAAUUGUGCUAUUGCCCUUAUCACAGGUAACGGUACUGUUUGGAAACCUGCUCCUACUACCUCUCUUGUCUCUAUUGCUGUCACUCGUAUCAUUGCCAAGGCUUUGAAGCAACACGAUAUUCCUACUUCACUUUGUGCUCUGGUUACUGGAGGAACCGAUGUCGGUGAAGCCAUGACUCACGAUAAAAGAGCUCACGUACUUUCUUUUACUGGAUCUACCAAGGUUGGUAGAGAGGUAGGCAAAGUAGUUCAGGGUAGAUUUGGUAAAUCCAUUCUUGAACUUGGUGGUAACAAUGCUAUUAUUGUUACUGACGAUUGUGAUCUUGACUUGGCUGCAAGAGCUAUUUUAUUUGCUGCUGUUGGUACUGCUGGUCAACGUUGUACCACCACGCGUCGUCUGAUUGUCCAAGAAACUGUUUACGAUACUUUGAUAGAAAGAUUGAAAAAGGCAUACACUCAAGUUAAAGUCGGAGACCCUAUGGAUAAAGGUGUCUUGUGUGGUCCCCUCCAUACAAAAGAAGCAGUAGAGAUCUACAAGAAAGCUUUGGAACGUGUUAAGGCUGAAGGUGGUGAGAUCAUUGUCGGUGGUCGAGUGAUUGAUAGUGGACCUUUGAAGGACGGUAACUUUGUCGAGCCCACCAUGACCCGUGUACGUCCUGACAUGGAGGUUGUCCAAAAUGAAGCUUUCGUUCCCAUUCUUCACACAAUGACAUACAAGACCUUGGAUGAAGCAAUUGCAAUCAAUAAUAAUGUAGCUCAAGGUUUGUCCAGCUCCAUCUUUACAAGCAACCCAUCUACCAUCUUCAAAUGGAUUGGUCCUUCUGGCUCCGACUGUGGUAUUAUCAAUGUAAAUAUUCCCACCAAUGGUGCGGAAAUUGGUGGUGCAUUCGGCGGUGAGAAAGAGACUGGAGGAGGACGUGAGAGCGGUAGCGAUAGCUGGAAACAAUAUUGUAGACGAGGAACAUGUACCAUCAAUUACUCUGGUGCACUUCCUUUAGCCCAGGGUAUCAACUUUGGGUAAACCAUUCCCAUAGGUUGUCUUGUGUAAAAUUAUUAAAUAAAAUUGACCGUGAUGCUUGUAAUGAACGUUUACAACUGCACAACCAGGCGUCGUAAAUAAAUUAAGUUUUCA